GGCUGGCUCUUCCUAUUUGCCGUGCUGGUAGCAGCCGCGCUCCUCUUCACCAUGGUCUUCUACAUCAUCAUGUUCUCUGAUCUCGAAUGCGACUACAUCAACCCCAUCGACCUAUGCAACAAGCUCAACCAGUUCACUCUCCCCGAAUACAUUGCCCACGCCGUCCUCACCACGCUGUUCCUCUUGACUGGGCAAUGGGUGGCAUUCCUGCUCAAUACACAGCUAGUGGCGUACAAUGUCAACAAAGUGAUGAACAAGAACCACUUACUGGACGCGACAGAAAUCUUCCGCACGCUAAGUGGGCACAAGAAGGAGUGCUUCUUCAAGCUGGGCUUCUACCUAUUGAGCUUCUUCUAUUACCUGUAUAGGUGA